CGUCAUAAUUAUGCGCCACGGAAGCUGUUGGAAAACGCGUCAUAUUUUCGCGUCGUCGUGCUCGCACGUAAAAGGGUGUCUGCUUUGAAAAGCAACCAUGGCUCGAAACGCAGAGAAGGCCAUGACGGCCUUGGCCAGGUUUCGUCAAGCCCAGCUAGAAGAAGGAAAAGUGAAGGAGAGACGGCCGUAUCUUGCCUCAGAGUGCAACGAGUUGCCUAAAGCAGAGAAGUGGCGACGGCAGAUCAUCAGUGAAAUUUCAAAGAAGGUGGCACAAAUUCAGAACGCUGGUUUAGGGGAAUUCAAGAUCCGUGACUUGAACGAUGAAAUCAACAAGCUUCUCCGUGAGAAGGGCCACUGGGAGGUUCGAAUCAAAGAACUGGGAGGCCCUGAUUAUGGGAGAAUCGGACCGAAGAUGCUGGAUCACGAAGGCAAAGAAGUGCCAGGAAACAGAGGUUACAAAUAUUUCGGUGCUGCCAAAGACUUACCUGGUGUCAGAGAGCUGUUUGAGAAAGAACGUGAGUUGAACGUUCUUAAUAUACAAAAAAGAAAGGCUUUUACAAGUCUCAGGAGUGUGUGUGACGUUUCUCUGAUUAUAUCCUUUCCAGCUGUAGCACCACCGAGAAAAACAAGGGGUGAGCUGAUGAAGGACAUCGAUGCUGAGUAUUAUGGCUACCGUGAUGAGGAUGAUGGUGUGUUAGUGCCCUUGGAACAAGAAUAUGAGAAACAAGCAAUAGCAGAAGCCAUUGAGAAAUGGAAAGCAGAAAAAGAGGCUCGUUUAGCCGGAGGUGGAGGGGCUAAAGAGUUGGAAGAGGAGGAAGAAUACAUAUAUGCUGUCAAAGAUGAUGAGUCUGAUGACGAGAUGAGGGAACAGAUGGAGGGGGAAGAUGGAGCACAAACGUUUAUUGCUCACGUACCUGUGCCAUCACAGAAAGAGAUCGAAGAAGCCUUGGUGAGAAGAAAGAAGAUGGAGUUGCUCCAGAAGUACGCCAGCGAAAGCUUAAUGGCACAAAGUGAAGAGGCUAAAGCGUUGCUCGGCUUGUAACGAUUCCCGUCUAUGAGCACAGGCUCAGGAUUUCCAACAUCUUUGUUCAUGCAUUUAAUUGUCUGUUUUGACGGGGUUACACGGACUGAAGGGUAAAUGUGUAUGAGGUCAUUGAAUCUAUUUUGAUGUGCAGGUACUGUCGAACUCCACAAAACUGCAUUGCAGCGGCUCAUAUAUUCCAAUACAACUGUCGUUACUUUAUAAGGGGAGUGUUUUAUGAUGUGAUAACGUAUUUCACCAGCCAUUUCCAAAUGUGAAACACUAUAUGUCCAAAAGUUUUUAGACACACUCAUAUGUGAUUGCGUUCCCUUUUCUGCUGGAAUAACCUCCAUUCAUUUGAGAAGGAUUUGCACUAGACUGUAGAAUGUGGGGUUUGGUGCUCAUUUAGCCACAAGAACAUUGUUGAGGUCAGGUGCUGAUGCUUGUGAGUUAUCCUAUACAGUGGUGUGGUUCUUUAUGGCAACAGUUUGGGGAAGAACCACAUACAGGUUGUGAUGUUCAAGUGUCUAGAUGCUUUGGGGCAUAUAUUGUGUUUUGGGGAAAUAUGAUGUUGAGUAUCAAAAGCAACAAACAAUUCUUUGUAAAUAAGUUUUGUAUACAAUGCUCACAUUUUUUUUGGACCAGUAAAAAAUUUUCUACAAAAGAAAAA